CAAAUAAAUAUAGAGUGUGAAAGUUAAGUUGGCUUACCAACCUUUCUUUGAAAGAAACGAAACCUUAACUUUUAAAGCAAUGGCAAACAAAAACACCGAAGCGGCUGGAAUGUCAUUUCCCAGUACUUUUCCAUUAUUAUUGACCACGGAGAAACUGUCGCUAAGGACUUGGAUUAGUAACGCUCUGGUUUGCUAUUCCCAACAUCUGUAUGAUCAUUUUGUACAUAUCCUGGAGACAGGCAUUAAAAAAUCCCAUAGACAAUACAGCUCCUACAACGAUGAUCUGGCAAAGGCAUAUACUCUGCUGUUGGCCCAUUUCACCAGGCUGGCCCACAAAGAGUUGGGCAACCGUCGAAGUGUCCUACUGGCCAAGGUAAUGAAUAUUCUCAAAUUGCUAAAUGGGAUGCAGAGGUCGGGAGAUCGCAACGUUCAGUUGGUCCGGGGAUUCGCUUUGAUGCCAAUCGCCGACAGAGCCCAAGACGCAGAUGCGCAGUUUGUGAGCGUUCUCAAGCAAAUCCCGACCCAUGUUCCGGCCCUGAUUGGACGCGGCUGUCUGGCCUUCAACCAACAAGAUUACCUUUCGUCCCUGGGCUUUUUUAAAAGUGUCUUGGCCAGCCAGUUUUCUGGACCGCCGGAUGUUCAUGUCGGCAUGGGGCACUGUUUCCUGAACAUGGGUGAACUAGACAGAGCCCGUCGAUCUUUUCAGUUGGCCCUGGAACACAAUGGCCGAUGUCAGAAUGCCCUUGUCGGAAUGGCCCUGCUGAAACUCAACCAACGCGAGAAAGAGUCCACUCAAGAGGGUAUCAAUCUGCUGUGUGCCGCCUUUGAAAGGAAUAAUCGACAUGCCGUAAUUAUGAGUAUCCUCGCCAAUCAUUUUUAUUAUGCCGGCGACUACGAAAAGGUCUGUGCUUUGGCUGCAAACUCCUAUAAGGUCACUGACAUUCCGCAGUUGCAAUCGCAGAAUUGCUUUCAGAUCGCCAGAUGUUUUCAUGCCACCAAGCAAUUCGAACAAGCCAUGGAGUUUUACACUCGGUCUGUGAGAUUGGCACCUGAAGGAUAUGUUCUGCCCUUCAUGGGCCUGGCACAAAUGUUAUUAAAGCGCGGUGAAAUCACAAAGGCCAAGGCCUGCUUGGAAAGAUUCCUCAAAUUCAUGCCCAAUGAGGCUAGGGCACUGCUGCUGCUGGCAAAAAUUUACCUAAACGAAAGAUCUCCAGGACAAAUCGAUAAGGCGAUCAAUAUGCUGGUCAAAGUGACGUCAUUCGUGUCCGCUCGCCAUGAUUUCGAUAGCAGACUGAGUCUGGCAUUUGCAUAUGAACAGAAACAGCUCUGGAUGCCGGCCAUCGCUGCCUACCACCAGGCCAUGAGCAUAUACAUGGAGCACGGACAACAGAUCCCUACCGAGUGGCUCAACAACCUGGCGGCCACUCAGGUGAGGGCCAAGAUGCCACAGAAGGCACUCCAUACCCUCGACCUGGCGAUUUUCCAAUGCAGAGCCAAGAGUGGCGUUCACGAGGUGACCAAUCUGCUCACCAUGCGAUUCAAUAGAGGUCGGAUUCUGGAGGAUCUCCAUAGGUACGACCUGGCCGAGAUUGUCUACAAGGAGAUUAUCGACGACUAUCCGAGCUAUUACGACUGCUAUUUGAGACUAGGGGUGAUGGCGAUGCAGCGUAAUCAGCUGGACAAAGCCAAUGAGUACUUUAAGGAUGUCCUCAACGCGGACAACGAUAGUCUUGCGGCCAGGCAUUAUAUGGCCGACUGCUAUAUGAAGCUGAAUCUAAGCAAACAUGCUAUAGUAAAUUACAACGUGAUUUCGCGCCACACUGCAGAAUGCAAGGAUAUCUACACCUUGGUGGCUCUGGGAAAUUUCUGUCUCGAGAAAAUUCACAGUUCGUUGGAUAGAGGAGAUCAGUCCUCAGACAACACACAGCUGGAAAAAACCUUAAACUGUUAUGUAAAAAUUCUUGAGCGCAGUCCGCGAAACAUAUGGGCCGCCAAUGGCAUUGGAGCAGCCCUAAGUAGUUACAAAAACCUUACCGAAGGUCAGGCUAUCUUCAAGCAAAUUGUCGAGGCUGGGAAUGAGUGCCCCUCCGCCAUCCUCAACUCGGCUCACACAGCCUUGGAGCUGGGCCAGUUCAAGGAAGCCAGUGAGACAUACAAGCAAUGCCUGCAGGACUUUCUGCCGGAAAACAGUGUGGAGGUAAUGCAGUUACUAGCCAAGGCUCUUUACGGCGAAGGAAAAGCCCGCGAGGCUAAGAUGUGGUUGCUCAAAGCUCGACACUUGGCCCCUAACGAUAAUUUUUUGAUUUUUAAUUUGGCCCUGGCCAUCAUUAAGGAUGCAGAACAAGUCUUUGUCCUUCCGCAACCCGAAUUGCAGGAUCUCACGAGGGCGGAACUCGAGCUUAAAGUGGCGCACAACUAUUUUUACCAUCUGUAUCUAGCCGAAGAUGGAAUUUCGCAGCUCGCUUGUGAGAAAGGGGCCAGUGAAUGCCAGAACCUGAUGUCCAAUUUACACGAGGAAUACCAGCGAGUGCUUAACUUGCAGAUGACAAACAGGCAGGUGGAGGAGCACGUCCUCCGAGAGAAUGAAGUCCUGGGGGUUACCAACAAAAUUAUGUCCGAGCUACUCAAAGAUGAUUCGAAGAAUGGCCAAGAACCUGGAAGGAUAUAUCAGCAGGACGUGGAAGUAGCCGACGAUCAAGACUCUAAUGAUGAGUCCAAAAACCAAAUUGCCAAUAAUUCUCGCAAAAGAACUAUGAUUAAUGAAAAUAAGCCGGCCAAAAAGUGCAAGACAGAUGAGUUUUUUGAUACAGAUGAUGACAGUGAAGAGGAGGAUGACGAGGAUGAUGACUUGGAAGACAACGAAUCACUUGAGAAUGAUCCUCAAACGGACUUGGAUUCAAAUUUAAGUGAUGAUGAGGAGUCCGAGGGAAUCGAAGAGCUAUUGGACCGCAUCAAGAAAGCCACCGAGCGCCGCCGACUGGAGCGGCAAAACUUUAUGAAAGUCCGGGAAAAUUACAACGAAUGAAGAAAUUAAGCAAGACAUUUCAGACCAGUGACCAAAGGAUCUAGACAGAUAAAUUCAAUAACAACAGAAUAUGGAUUACCUUAAAAAUGUUCUUUAUUAUAAAGCGCAUUAAUACGAAUAAAACUGGAACUCGCCAGGCACUUCUGAGUUUUAUUUUUAAUAUCCCAAUAUGACAGUGCUUUAUUCCCCCUUUUAAGUUGAUUAUUACCCAAAAUGCUGUUAAUGAAUUUACACAUUUUCUUCGUGGAAUUCUGACCGAGUU